UGAUUUAGUGGGAUUUUUAAAAUUUUUAUUUUGAAAAAGCCCGCCUGUUCUCUUUUUGUUAAUGUCAUGUGAUACGGCGAGCUACUUUUAGAAUAUAAACAAAAAAUAAUGGCGUCAAAGAGAAAGCCAGGGAGGCCAGCCAAAUACACACCCGAGCAAAGGAAAGCAAAAAGAAAAGAAUGGCAGCGGCGGGUUGAUAAGGAGAGAUACAAGGGUCGAGUGUACAUAGGAGAACACAUCGCGCGGUGGAAUCGUCUGAAGGAAGAGCUGGGUCUCCUGUAUAACUACGAAGUAGCCGGCUAUCUCCUGGACAGAUACGAGAAUGACGAAUACACACUGGACCUAGAAACAAGAAACAGUAAAUUGAGUCAAGGAGUUGUAACAGUGUCACGGCCUAAUACGUCAUCCAACACAGCUCAUCUAAGAAAAGAUGAACAGACCCCUGGCCACGAAAAUCCAGUUACAAAACAGAGAAAUCUCCCAUUAAGUUCUGAUGUUGAUGAUCUAUCGAUACAUUCAGACGGAACAAGCAAUGACAUCUCGCUUCAGUUAGAAGUUGAUGAUGGAGCAGAAUCUAUAGAUGAGGACGAGUCUGUUGAUGAUGAUUCUACCAGUGACCUUGACCUUGAAGAUGGCGAGGAAAUGGAAAUAAAAGAAGAUCCUUAUUCUGACACUGAAGAUUACACCCCACAAAACUCUGGAUCCACCUGUCAUUCUCAUGAGUCAGGGGAAGACAAUCCCUCCCACAUCAAUACACAAAUAAAACAAGAACCUGUUGAUAAUUACUCCGAUCCUAUGGAUUCUGUGUUACCAAGUGAUACCAGUGAGAAAACCAGGGAAGAACUAGAAACAAUAAAAACAGAGCUAGGCAGCUCCCCUGAGAGGGACAACAGUGAACUGAAGACUUCAAGUGCGAAGGCAACUUCAGGAGUUCAUCCUUCAGUCCCCGCACAGAAUGUUCCUCAGAAGCCUUCGCCGCUUACACAGCCUGUGAUAAAGACAGUGAUAUCGAGUGCUAGUGUACAGUCAUCACACACUAACCCAGUCACAGGAGUAAAUGUGAUGUCUGUCCCAUUAAAACUUAUCAGAAUUGGAAAUUCUUUAUAUGUACAGAAUAAUUCUUUACCUCAAACAAUGUUAGUGAAUCCCCAGAAUUCAACACUGAACUCCCAGAUCCCGGGAUCUAUUCCUAGGGCAACGAACUUUACAGUGUUACCAAAUUUGGUGCAGAAUGGCUACAUAUCGUCACAACCUUAUAUUGUUUCACCAGCUAAAACUGUUCAGGUGCUCGCGGGAGGGCAGCAGAUUAUAGCAGGAGCACAACAGUCAACCUUAUGUGCACAGCAACCUAUAAUAGGAGCACAGCAGCCUACUACAUAUACAAUAGGAACACAACAGUCUACAUUAGGAGCACACCAGCCUAUAGGAGCACACCAGUCUACAAUAGGAAAUCUACAGUCAAUAAUAGGCACACAACAGCAAUUCAUGGGAACACAGCAACCUAUAAUAGGAGCUCAACAGCCUAUAAUAGGCACACACGAGCCUACAUUGGGGAUUCUACAGUCAAUAGUAGGAGGACAACAGCCUAUCUCAGGACCACAACAGCCUAUCUUAGGACCACAACAGGUGUCAUCAGGGAUGGUUUUUGUCAAAGAAGAGAAACUGAAUGAUAAAGAGGAAGACAGAAAGGAUGAAGGGCAGGGGACCAGUAAAAGGUUUGCUGUCAGGAAGGAAACUAAGACUCGAGAAGAGGACCAGUCCAUGACACUUCACAGUGCUGAUGUGAGUGAAGUCCCUGAAGUCUUAUCCCCAGAAAAAGCUCUAUCCAGAGGGCGCUUCAAAUCUCUGUCUCUGAGGGAAAUCAGGGGGUACCAGGAGGUCAACCAAACAAAAAGCACCAAGAAACAGACGCGCUGGGCCACAAAGAUCUUAAAUGAUUGGCAUUUGGAGACCUACGGUGUCAGCAUUGACAUGGAGUCCAUUCCAGCAGAGGAACUCGCGGUAAAGCUGGAGAAAUUUUACUGCGAGGCCAAACCGCAGCACGAUCAGAAGAACGAGGAGUAUAACAAAAACACAAUGAAGGCCAUCCGAGCCGCUAUCAACAGGCACUUCACUGACCUCGGACGGAACUUUGAUAUUGUGUACGACAAACAGUUCAAACUGGCCAACAGGAGUCUGAUGGGCUUACUGCGGCAUCGCAUCGCGGAGAACACCAUUCACUUCACCGUACGUAAGGAAAUCAUACCUAAAUCCGAUCUACACAAAAUCUCUAAAUACUUGGAGACAGCGUACAUCUCACCCGUUAACCUCCGACUGUCCUUGUGGUACAUACUGGCAGUGCAGUUUGUCAGGCGAGGCAUCGAGUUCCACCAUCAGCUGAACAUCGACUCCUUUGACUUCAAGGUAGACGAGACAGGGAGGGAAUACGCUCGUCUCUGUCACGAACCACAGCUGAAUAAUAACCCAGGGGGCGGGGCAACUGACGAGAGGUUACAGCCAGACACGCGUAUGUAUGCCACAAGGAAUGCGGUCUGUCCGGUCACAAUGCUGAAGUACUUCCUUUCAAAAACAGAUGGUGACGCCACUAAAUUAUUCAAUCAAUGUGAGAAGGACGCAGUGAAAAAUCCCAGAGACAACAAGAUCUGGUACAAUUCAAAGCCAGCGUUAAGAGAUUCAUUUAGGAAAUUUCUGCCGGACAUUUGUGAGAGUGUGGGAUGUAAGCGCUACACGGCGUACUGCCUUCGCGUUACCAUGAAAGCCAGGAUGAAUGAGUCGGGUUUUGAGAAUCGUCAUUAUAUAUACUACCCAUCAUGAAUGAAGCCCAGGGCUUUCUCAAUGACUGUAAUAUGUGGUAUGUCAUGUCAUACAUUAUUAAGAUGUAGAGGCAGCAAGUGCACCUGUGCCGUGUGAAUUCUGUUUACUUGUCAGAGUCCAAUGAUUGAGCUCUCUGACAAUUGGUUUAACUUUAUUGACUGACCACCAGUGUCUUGGAUGUGAUGGGCUGUCAUAAAGACCGAAGUUUUACCCGCAAGAAGCAGAAAUACCAAUUAUGAAUAAGCAAAGGGGCCAUAUUUUCAUGGCUACAGUAUGUAGUCAUUUGCAUUAUUAUAUAAACAUGUUAU